AUGCCUCCAAGCUACAGAGGUGUAGACUUUUUACAUGGCAACUCGGCCUUGCUUCUAGAAUCGCAGUCGAAAUUGCUGUUGAAAUCGCUGAUGGCGCGCUAUGGCUGCUGUCCAGAAGGCUUCGCACGAAGAGAGGGCACCGCCUCCUGUUAUCUCUUCUCGCAGCACACUAGCAACUGGUUCGCGGCAUCGCGAAACUGCAAGAGCGUCGGCGCAGAGCUGGUUGUCAUAGAAACGGCAGAAGAGGACAGCUUUAUACGCGGCCACAUACUCUCCAACUACCAGCGCAGGUUUAGCUUCUGGAUUGGAUGA